AGAUCACAGCACAGCCUGGCUCCUGGCACCACCGAGCCAAACUGGAUUUCCACUGGUGACCUAGGAGCAGCGAGUCCCAGGUGGGCACGUGCCCUCGGCCAGCAUGACAAGUGAGGUGGUGGAGAACGAGUUUGAGUUUUACUCCAAGGCGGAGAAGUACUGGAAGGAUGUGCCCGCCACGGUGGACGGCAUGCUGGGGGGCUACGGCCACAUCUCCAGCAUCGACAUCAACAGCUCCAGGAAGUUCCUGCAGAGGUUUCUGCGGGAUGGCCCCAACCGCACAGGGACAACCCGUGCUCUGGACUGUGGGGCAGGAAUUGGACGGAUCACCAAGCGGCUGCUGCUGCCCCUCUUCAAGACAGUGGACAUGGUGGACGUGACAGAGGAUUUCCUCACCAAGGCCAAGAGCUACCUGGGUGAGGAGGGCAGGCGUGUGCGCAACUACUUCUGCUGCGGCCUCCAGGACUUCAGCCCCGAGCCAAACUCCUACGAUGUCAUCUGGAUCCAGUGGGUCAUCGGACAUCUCACCGACAAUCACCUCUCCGACUUCCUGAAGCGGUGCCGUGCCGGCCUGCGGCCCAACGGCAUCGUGGUCAUCAAGGACAACAUGGCUCAGGAGGGAGUGAUCAUGGACGAUGUGGACAGCAGCGUCUGCCGGGACCUGGAUGUGGUCCGUAAGAUCAUCUGCCGAGCUGGGCUGCACCUCCUGGCUGAGGAGCGUCAGGAGAACUUCCCUGACGAGAUCUACCACGUCUACACCUUCGCCAUGAGAUGAGGGCAGUGGGGGAAGGUCUCUCCAGGGCCAGCACAGUGGUUCCUGCCAGGGCCGGGAGGGGUGAGGAUGGUGCCUUCACUGCAGGACGGCGGCGAGGGUGUCGUGACUCCCUCUCUCUGGGGCUGGUGACAAGGACGGGACUUUGUCUUCCAAGUUGCUGCUGUUUGUGAAAAGAAGUGUUUGCCAAAUACAUUUUCCUGCUGUUGCACUUC